GCAUUAUUCUAAAUCAUGCAACCGUCGUGCAAUCGAACUCCCACAUUCACCUAUGACACGAAAGACCUUAAUUUCGUUGUCAAAUCGUGCGAAAAAACUGAGGCCCCGUUUGAUGACAUUUUGCGGCGGAAAUGGCAGCAGGCUGAGGAAGCCAAGCUCUUCCGAUACGCUUUAAAUAUAAAGGACUGUAAAAUAUUGAAUGGAAGAUACAAGUUUCUGGCACAGUUCAAUCCGGAGCGAGCAAAGCGCAGACGUGUACCAGAAAUGAUCACAUCUAUGUCGCAGCCUUUCAACCUCGAGGACUUUAAUUUCACAAAAUUAAAGCAAUCAGAGAUACUGUUUGACAUAGGAAACAGUGACGAUAUAGUUGCAAUUAACGACAGUCCUGUGGCGCAGUAUCAUUGUUUGUUCAUUACAGAACGCUCGAAAUGUUUGCCUCAAGUUAUAACAGAGUACAGUCUUCACAAAGCGGUAGAAUUGUGCCUCUUGAGUAAUUCAUGUUCUCUGCGGGUUGCUUUCAAUAGUUUAUGCGCCCAUGCGUCCGUUAAUCACUUACACUGGCAUUUGUAUUAUUUGAGACAAGAGAUGCUUCUGGAAUACAUUGAUGUUUGCAGUUAUGCGUAUGGUGUACACUUGCUGGUGGAUUAUCCAGCGAAAAGUUUAUGUAUCAAAUUGUCUAGCUUUGAGAAUAUUGGGGAUUUUGCGUCCCGAGCCUUUCUCGUGGUGAACUACUUGCAGUUGCACCAGGUGGCGCAUAACGUGUACAUUACGCGAGCGAAACUGAAGCCGAACGACGAGUCGUACGGUGACGUACGAAUUUAUGUUUGGGCCAGAAAGUCGCUUAUUGGCGUCAAAGGUACAGCAUUUAUACCAGGGGUGUGCGAACUCUUUGGGCAUUUAUCGAUCGGAGGUAAAACUGAAACUCUCAUGUUCACGCCGAUGGAAAUAUUUUGCUGGAAAUACUAUGAUAUCGUUGAAAGGUGAAAUGAAAGUUAUCGAAAAAUUACUGGACAUGUAUAAAAAUGAAUCAUAAUAUUCCUUAUGAAAUGCAAUAUAAUACUGUGAAAUAUAAGGAAAGUGCAAAUAUACUGU